AUGGCUGAGACAGAGACCGAUAAUAACAGUAUUGUUAGAUCCGAGAGAAAUAAUAAGGGCCCAAUAGAAAGUAAUGGGCCCCGUCGAGUAACUAUCUAUAAAACUGAAACUGGUUUCGGAUUUAACGUGCGCGGGCAAGUUUCCGAAGGUGGACAACUGCGUUCCAUAAAUGGUGAAUUGUAUGCACCACUGCAGCAUGUCAGCGCUGUACUGGAACAAGGAGCUGCGGAGCAGGCUGGUAUAAGAAAGGGCGAUAGAAUCCUUGAAGUG